GUGGCGAUGUUCCACCGCAGGAGGAAGAAACGGCGGCCGGAGAUCUCGGCGCCGCAGGACUUCCAGCACCGCGUCCACACAUCCUUCGACGUCGCCACGGGCCGAUACGUCGGCCUGCCGCCGCAGUGGCAGAGCGUCAUCGACACGCUGCGCAGGCCACGCCCCCUGGUGGACCCGUCCAGGGUCACCGAGGUCCACCUGCACAAGAGGAUCGUCCGCGGGAGCUUCGUCGGCCACGGCGACGACAUCUCCCAGCUGAUCUCUGAGAUGAGCCGCCUGUCCGUCACCGGCUCCAACUCUCUGCGCCGCAGCAGCCCGUCGGCGAGGAGGCGGGCGCGGUCACUGGGCCGGCUGGGGGAGCUGGCGGAGGACGAGGUGUACCAGUACCAGGAGCUCGAUCGCCGCGGCAACGGGGAGACAGGCGGCGGCAGCUCCACCUACUGGCAGGACCGGAUCCGGCAGGUACGCGGCGAGAGAGCCCUGCAGAGAGCUAAGUCCACCUGCGAGGUGGGGACGCUAUCCGAGGCCACGCCCCCCGCUCCCGCGGCGCCUCACAGGACACGUGUGACGGGUUCUACGGCGGGACAGUACGCCCGCAGCGAGGGGGCCGUGCUUAGACAGAGGCCAACUUCCUGUCACUACAAGUUACAGACUGUGGACCCAAACAGACCUCACCUGAGACCAGCUGUCAAUCACCUGCCGGACCUGCUGACGUCCUCCAGAGACGCCCGAAGACCUCACUCGACCUACGACCUGCAGGUGAGUCCCAGCCCCCUCCGGCUGCCCCCCCCCAGCAGCAGCAGCAGUCCGAUCCUGGCGGCUCGCCCUCAGCGCUCGCUGCGCCUGUCCUCCAGCUUCAGCAUCGGACACUCUCCAAGAACGGUGAGCCCCCUGAUCCAGCCCCGCCCCUCGCCCACCGGACCCCCGAGGCGCCUCGCCGCAGGCCCCUCCCCCUCCCCUGCCCCCUCCCCCUCCCAGCAGGCCUCACCUGACGGCGGCAGGAAGGUGACCCAUGAGCAGUUCAAGGCGGCGCUGCAGAUGGUGGUGGACCCCGGCGACCCCAGGAUGACCCUGGAGAACUUUGUGAAGAUCGGGGAGGGGUCCACGGGCGUGGUCUGCAUCGCCCGGGAGCGCCACAGCGGGCGCCAGGUGGCAGUGAAGAUGAUGGACGUGAGGAAGCAGCAGCGGCGGGAGCUGCUCUUCAACGAGGUGGUGAUCAUGAGGGACUACCGGCACCAGAACGUGGUGACGAUGUUCCGCAGCGCGCUGGUGGAGGACGAGCUGUGGGUCGUCAUGGAAUAUCUACAGGGAGGAGCUCUAACACACAUCAUCUCAGAGAGCAGGCUCAGUGAGCAGCAGACUGCUACAGUGUGUGUUGGCGUCCUCCAGGCUCUGUCCUACCUUCACUCUCAGGGAGUGAUCCACCGAGACAUCAAGAGUGACUCCAUCCUGCUCACACUGGACGGGAGGAUCAAACUGUCAGACUUUGGUUUCUGUGCUCAGAUCAGUAAAGAAGUCCCCAAGAGGAAGUCUCUGGUGGGGACCCCCUACUGGAUGGCUCCAGAGGUCAUCUCCAAAACCCCGUACGGCCCCGAGGUGGACGUGUGGUCUCUGGGGAUCAUGGUGGUGGAGAUGGUGGAUGGAGAGCCUCCGUACUUCAGCGAGACGCCUGUUAACGCCAUGAAGAGACUCAGAGACCAGGACCCCCCAGGACCCAGGACCAGAGUGUCUCCCGUGCUGCAGGACUUCCUGCGCUGCAUGCUGACUCGAGACACGUCGCAGCGCUCCGCCGCCGCCGACCUGCUGGAGCACCUGUUCCUGCUGCAGGCCGGACCACCACGCUGCCUGGUGCCCCUGGUGGAGCAGCACCGCAAACGCAUGUCGCUCUGCUGACACUCACCUGAGAACACCUGAGACUCACCUGGGAACACCUGAGACUCACCUGGGAACACCUGAGACUCACCUGGGAACACCUGAGACUCACCUGAGACUCACCUGGGACUUACCUGAGACUCACCUGGGAACACCUGAGACUCACCUGGGACUCACCU